AUGGGGGCGCGGCUAGGCCGGCGGGCAGGGCCCGAGGCGGGCUCCGAGGCCGAGGCAGCGGCGGGCGGCGGGCCCGCGCCCUACGAGCGCAGGGUGCGCUGGCUCCGCGAGAUCCAGUCCACACUCCGCGAGCGGCGUCCGGAGCGCGCCCGGCAGCUGCUGCGCCUCCUGCGCCAGUGGGGAAGAAGAAGCAGACCCACUAGGAAUGUGGCUUUCCUCAACCUGGUGGAUCCCAUCUCCCAUGACCUGCUUGUGAACCUGGCCCGGGACCUACAGUGCCCCAAGAAGGAUUAUGAGCUCUGGAAGUCCUCGGACAAGAUAUGCCGGCAGCUCAUUUACCACCUCACCCCUCACUCCAAGAGGCAGAGAGGGCCCAGCGUGCCCCGGAAGAAGACACAGAACUGCCUCAAGAGUGGCCUCCAGAAGACUCUGCUGGCAGGGGAGACGGUGGACCUAUCAGGCAUCCCGCUCUCAGUGCGAGAUGUGCAGCACAUAACACGCUACCUGGGCAGCCACGGGGCUGGGUUGUCAGUGCUGGACCUGAGCUUCACGGAGCUGAGUGAUGAGCUUCUGCACCUGCUGCUGCCCAGCCUGUGGACACUGCCCUGCCUCACCCAGCUCCUGCUUAAUGGCAACCGGCUGACACGGGCUGCUGCCCGGGAACUCACUGAAGCCAUCAAGGAUACCACCAAAUUCCCUGCAUUGGCCUGGGUGGACCUGGGCAACAACGUGGAUGUGGCCUCCAUGCCCCAGCCCCUGUUAGUUGGCCUGCGCCGACGGUUGAGCCAGCGCACCUCACUGCCCACAAUUUAUGAGGGCAUGGACCUUGAUCCUGGGGACAGUGUGUCUGGGACCAUUGCCACUACCUCUACCUGGGGCUCUGCAGCUGCUGAACCAGGGUCUGAACCCCAGAGCUGCUGUACUAGGUGAUUCACCAUCCACCAGGCUGAGGAUGCUUUCAAGCACAUGGGAUAGCAAGUGGUGGAAGCCUAGGAGGUCCCAUAAAUUCCCAGAGAGACAGUGAAAAUGCUCAACAUGGGAUUAAUGGGAUAGAUGGAGAAUAUUCUUAUAAGACACCAGAUGGUUAUCCCAGGCUGGAGUCUCAAGAUUCUGUCAGUAUGAGGGGCCCUGGCACCCACCACCCAGACUCCACAAUAAAAGGUCAUGCUCUUCCUCUCC